UAGGCUAAGCCAUGACUACAGUAGUGGUACAUGUGGACUCCAAAGCCGAGCUCACUACCCUGCUGGAGCAGUGGGAAAAGGAACAUGGCAGUGGGCAGGAUAUGGUACCUAUCCUUACCAGGAUGUCUGAGUUGAUUGAAAAAGAAACUGAAGAAUACCGUAAAGGGGAUCCAGACCCAUUUGAUGAUCGACAUCCUGGUCGAGCUGAUCCAGAGUGUAUGCUGGGCCACUUGCUGAGAAUACUCUUCAAGAAUGAUGAUUUCAUGAAUGCACUGGUGAAUGCAUAUGUGAUGACAAGCCGAGAGCCCCCUUUAAACACUGCAGCUUGCAGACUCCUAUUGGACAUCAUGCCAGGGUUGGAAACUGCUGUUGUCUUUCAAGAAAAGGAAGGAAUUGUUGAGAAUCUUUUUAAAUGGGCCCGAGAGGCUGAUCAGCCAUUGAGGACAUAUUCUACUGGACUGUUAGGAGGUGCUAUGGAAAAUCAAGAUAUUGCUGCCAACUAUAGGGAUGAAAAUUCACAGCUGGUGGCAAUAGUGCUUCGAAGACUGAGGGAGCUACAGCUUCAGGAAGUAGCUUUGCGGCAAGAAAAUAAGCGUCCUAGCCCACGGAAGCUCUCUUCUGAACCCCUUUUGCCUCUGGAUGAGGAAGCUGUGGAUAUGGACUAUGGUGACAUGGCUGUGGAUGUAGUUGAUGGAGACCAAGAGGAAGCUUCUGGAGACAUGGAGAUCUCUUUUCAUCUUGAUUCAGGCCACAAGACCAGUAGUAGAGUGAACUCAGCAACCAAACCUGAGGAAGGCGGAUUAAAGAAAAACAAGUCAGCAAAACAGGGUGACAGAGAGAACUUUAGGAAAGCCAAGCAAAAAUUGGGUUUCUCAUCUGCUGAUCCAGAUCGCAUGUUUGUUGAGCUGUCUAAUAGCAGCUGGUCAGAAAUGUCUCCCUGGGUGAUUGGUACCAAUUAUACUCUUUAUCCUAUGACUCCUGCUAUUGAGCAGCGACUCAUUCUCCAAUAUUUGACCCCUCUAGGAGAGUAUCAGGAGUUACUUCCCAUAUUCAUGCAGCUUGGAUCACGGGAGUUAAUGAUGUUCUAUAUUGACCUAAAACAAACUAAUGAUGUCCUACUUACGUUUGAGGCACUCAAGCAUCUUGCAUCUCUUCUGCUCCAUAACAAGUUUGCCACAGAAUUUGUUGCACAUGGUGGAGUACAGAAAUUAUUGGAAAUUCCUCGUCCUUCUAUGGCUGCAACUGGUGUAUCCAUGUGCUUGUAUUACCUUUCUUACAACCAGGAUGCCAUGGAAAGAGUUUGCAUGCAUCCCCACAAUGUUCUGUCUGAUGUGGUGAACUAUACCCUGUGGUUAAUGGAGUGUUCUCAUGCUUCAGGAUGCUGCCAUGCUACCAUGUUUUUCUCAAUUUGCUUUUCAUUCCGGGCUGUCUUGGAGCUCUUUGACCGCUAUGAUGGUCUUCGCCGUCUGGUGAACUUGAUUAGUACUUUGGAAAUUCUAAAUUUGGAAGAUCAGGGGGCACUUCUGAGUGAUGAUGAAAUAUUUGCUAGCCGCCAAACUGGGAAACAUACCUGCAUGGCCUUGCGCAAGUAUUUUGAGGCUCAUCUGGCUAUUAAAUUGGAACAAGUGAAGCAGUCACUUCAGAGGACUGAGGGUGGCAUUCUUGUGCACCCUCAACCUCCAUACAAGGCAUGUUCAUAUACUCAUGAACAGAUUGUGGAAAUGAUGGAGUUUUUGAUAGAAUAUGGACCAGCGCAGCUGUAUUGGGAACCAGCUGAAGUCUUCCUCAAACUUUCUUGUGUGCAACUCUUGUUGCAGCUUAUUUCUAUUGCCUGCAAUUGGAAGACCUAUUAUGCAAGGAAUGAUACUGUGCGCUUUGCUUUGGAUGUCCUGGCUAUCCUCACUGUGGUGCCAAAAAUCCAGCUCCAGUUGGCAGAAUCAGUUGACGUAUUAGAUGAGGCUGGCUCUACCAUCUCUACCGUAGGUAUCAGCAUUAUUUUGGGAGUGGCUGAGGGUGAGUUCUUUAUCCAUGAUGCUGAAAUUCAGAAGUCAGCCCUUCAAAUUAUCAUCAAUUGUGUGUGUGGCCCGGAUAACCGAAUAUCUAGUAUUGGCAAAUUUAUCUCUGGUACUCCUCGGAGAAAGCUGCCUCAAACCCCCAAAAGCAGUGAGCACACCCUGGCCAAGAUGUGGAAUGUGGUCCAAUCCAACAAUGGCAUCAAAGUGCUCCUGUCCCUACUGUCCAUCAAGAUGCCCAUCACAGAUGCAGACCAGAUCCGGGCCCUGGCCUGCAAAGCCCUGGUCGGCCUGUCUCGCAGUAGCACUGUCCGGCAGAUCAUCAGCAAACUGCCCCUUUUCAGCAGCUGCCAGAUCCAGCAGCUGAUGAAAGAGCCUGUGCUGCAGGACAAGCGCAGUGACCAUGUCAAGUUCUGCAAGUAUGCCGCUGAGCUCAUUGAACGGGUGUCAGGAAAACCACUUCUCAUUGGCACUGAUGUGUCCCUGGCACGACUGCAGAAAGCAGAUGUUGUUGCCCAGUCAAGAAUUUCUUUCCCUGAGAAAGAGUUGCUUUUGUUGAUACGAAACCAUCUUAUUUCUAAAGGGCUUGGAGAGACAGCAACUGUGCUGACGAAAGAGGCUGACCUGCCCAUGACUGCUGCCUCCCAUUCUUCUGCUUUCACCCCAGUCACUGCUGCUGCUUCUCCUGUCUCUCUUCCCCGCACCCCUCGUAUUGCCAAUGGCAUUGCACCUCGACUGGGCAGCCAUGCUGCCGUGGGUGCCUCUGCCCCUUCUGUCCCUACUGCCCAUCCUCAGCCACGCCCUCCCCAGGGUUCGCUAGCUCUGCCUGGCCCAUCUUAUACAGGCAACUCCCCUUUGAUUGGUAGGAUCAGCUUUAUCAGAGAGAGGCCAUCACCCUGCAAUGGCAGGAAAAUCAGAGUGUUGCGGCAGAAGUCGGACCACGGCGCCUAUAGCCAAAGCCCAGCCAUAAAAAAGCAGUUGGACAGACAUCUUCCUUCCCCACCUACACUGGACAGUAUCAUCACAGAAUAUCUCAGAGAACAACAUGCCCGCUGCAAGAAUCCAGUUGCCACCUGCCCACCUUUCUCUCUCUUUACUCCUCACCAGUGUCCUGAGCCAAAACAGAGGCGGCAAGCGCCAAUAAACUUUACCUCAAGACUAAACCGCAGGGCAUCAUUUCCAAAGUAUGGAGGGGUGGAUGGUGGCUGCUUUGAUAGGCACCUUAUCUUUAGCAGAUUCCGUCCUAUUUCAGUGUUCCGGGAAGCCAACGAGGAUGAGAGUGGUUUCACUUGCUGUGCAUUCUCAGCACGGGAACGGUUCCUGAUGCUUGGUACCUGCACAGGACAGCUGAAGCUGUAUAAUGUGUUUAGUGGGCAGGAGGAGGCCAGCUAUAACUGUCACAACUCGGCCAUCACACACCUUGAACCUUCUAGGGAUGGGUCCUUGCUGCUGACAUCUGCUACUUGGAGCCAGCCUUUGUCUGCACUUUGGGGAAUGAAAUCAGUAUUUGAUAUGAAGCAUUCCUUCACAGAAGAUCACUAUGUUGAGUUCAGUAAACACUCUCAGGAUCGGGUCAUAGGCACAAAAGGAGACAUUGCCCAUGUAAGUACUAAAGAAUUUAUUGCUUUCAAGGUGAUGAUGCCCAUCUGUUGGGACCUUCGAACUUUCCAUCUUUUGCAUACUGUUCCUGCUCUGGAUCAGUGUCGUGUGGUAUUCAAUCAUACGGGGACAGUGAUGUAUGGAGCUAUGUUACAGGCAGAUGAUGAAGAUGACUUGAUGGAAGAGAGGAUGAAAAGCCCUUUUGGAUCAUCCUUCCGAACAUUUAAUGCAACCGACUACAAACCUAUAGCGACCAUUGAUGUGAAACGGAAUAUUUUUGAUCUCUGUACAGACACCAAAGACUGUUAUCUUGCUGUCAUUGAGAAUCAAGGAAGCAUGGAUGCCCUGAACAUGGACACAGUAUGCAGGCUAUAUGAAGUGGGCAGGCAGCGUCUAGCUGAGGAUGAAGAUGAAGAGGAAGAUCAGGAAGAGGAAGAACAGGAAGAAGAAGAUGAUGAUGAAGAUGAUGAUGACACUGAUGAUUUAGAUGAGCUUGACACUGACCAGUUGCUGGAGGCCGAGUUGGAAGAAGACGACAACAACGAGAAUGCAGGGGAGGAUGGGGACAAUGACUUCUCUCCCUCGGAUGAGGAGCUAGCAAACCUUCUAGAGGAGGGAGAGGAUGGGGAGGAUGAAGACUCUGAUGCAGACGAGGAAGUGGAACUGAUCCUGGGGGACACUGACAGCUCUGACAACUCUGAUUUGGAAGAUGACAUCAUCUUAUCUCUGAAUGAGUGAGGAGCCAUCACCACUUGGAAGAGAUUCUUGGCAGGCGAGAAACUGAGUCAGAUGAAUUCAGAAUUCUUUCCCUUCCCUUUCUCCCAGGGCUAUCUGUCUUUUAAGGAACUGCGUGCCCAGCAUUCAGAGAAUUAUGACUUAGAGAAUCUCAAUGAAAUCUGAGGGUCCUUCCAAAAACAAUAACAUCCACAAAAGACAACAGGGAUUAGGCCCUAUUCUGCUUUCCCCACUUCUCCUAGAAUGGACAUGGCUUUCUUCAAGGGGGGGGGGACAUGUCUAUGGGGUUAUUUCACAAUAUAUUUUCUUUGUACAAUGUUCUUUACUUAAAGAACAAGAAAUAGUUUUUUAUAAAAUUUAAAAAAGAAAAAAAAACAGAACAGGCAUUUAUAACUGAGGGUAUGAACUUAUAUCCACCAGGUCUCUUGUCCCUGUGCUUCAUUUUCUUUGGAAGAAAAUGAUGUCUAAAGAACAAUAUAAGAGGCAUUUUUACAUAAAUAUUUAAGUGAAAAGGAAAAUCGUGGUUUCUUAAAUUGAUAAGGAUUAAGAAUAUUUUAUUAUAAAUAUAAUAUAUGAUUUUUUAACCUGUUUUGUUGCCUCAUAUGCUGUCAAGUUAAUUUGUUUUCAUUUGUGCCAGAGGUGGGAAGGAAGGUGCUGCUUGUUUGCUGAGUAAAGGCCUAAAUUCACCUACCUUCAUGGUUUGGGGGCAGCAUGGUCAUUGUGGAUAUUGGUUUUUUAGAGUUGAGGGAACUUAGGAUAUAAGUUCACUCCCUCUAUUUUUCUUUGUGAUUCAGUUUUUGAAAAAUCUUUUUCUCUUUUCUCCCAAAUGUGGAAAUUACAAAUCAAAGGCCUUUUUCUUUAAUGUAAAGUGUAUUUAUUUAAAAAAAAUACAAAAUAAACUACAGGUCUCUCUUUGUU